AUGAGCGACACAGCAGUCCACCGCCCCGAGUGGCGGCGCUUUGCAGUCGAGAUGGGAACCGGCACGAGCCUGCGGCGGCAGGAUCACACGGCAGCGGCCGUGCGUGCGCUGGAAGACGCCCUGUGGCGCGUCUCCAUGACGGCCUACCGCGCGCUCGACAAGCGCCCGGAGGAGAUGAAAAUCGAGGUUGUGGUCGGCGUGCCGAAGCCGGCGGCGGUGGACGAGUCGGCGGUCCUCGCCGUGCUGCCGUACGGCGCGGCGCGCCCUGUCGCCUGCGAGCGCUCCAUCAGGGUCGUCGAGGGCGGCCUCGCCAUCCCGGGAGGGUGCGGGGCGGAUGCACAGGGCGACAUCAUCAUGGCCAACGCGGCCGCAAUCGUGUACCUUGACGUGGGCGACUACCUGGCGCUGAAACGGGGGGGCAACACCCUACAGAAGUUACAUACAGAGGCAGAAGGCAGUUGGAGCCCUUGCACGUCGAAGGCGAGCCGCUGGGACUUCUCCGGCCAGAACAACGGGCGAGAGGAGGUGGCGGUGGUGUGCGCACCGGCCGCGGCGAAGACUCGGGCCCCGCGCAGGCCUCUGCGCCGCACGAGCCACGACCACGAGGGGCGCAGCCCGCAGCCCUCCAACUCUUCGCCGCGGAGGGGGGAGCGAGAGUCUCUUGGCCGCUCUUUCGUCUUUGUCGGGUUGUGA